AUGUCUCAACAACAUACCGCGAUGAAUCCAAACACCUCCCCUCCGCGGACGCCUCCUGCCGGCUCUAACUAUAAAGCCUCCAAGCGACACCCUCGUCCGUCCGUACGAGAGACCUUCCUGGACGACGUCAACCCCACCGACAAUACCAAUAGUAGCAAUGAAUCUGGGGAUGAGCGUGACCCCCAUGAUUUGUCGUUGUCGCCCAAACAUGCUGCCCGCACCUCCAUCGUCGAUAAUAUGCUUCUGUCCCUAGACCAAUUUGCUUCGUCAGGGACCUCCAUACUCGACGAUUAUCGGUUGUUCAAUUCCGUUUUCGAGUCCGACUUGUACGGCCGCACCUCUCAGGAAUCGUCCAUCCAUCAUCGUUACCGAGGCCACACGUUCUCCUCGUCCGUUUCGUCGGACCCGGACUAUACCCAAGACGAGAUGUCGGGCCGUUAUACUGCGCAGCCGAGGACUCGCCGGAGUACGAGUAGUUCGAACUACCAUUCCAGCCUGAGGAGAUUCGGCAGCGCUCGCAGCCCGGAGGGUACCGGUUCGCGCGGGCAGCUGUACGACUAUCGAAACAACCAUGGUGGCUACCAGUCCAGCUCCCGCACAACGAGGAAGGACAGUAAAGGGAGUACCUCAUCCCCGAUGGAUUUUGGUCCGCCACUUCUCCGCCAUCGCAGGGACUCGACCACAGAACGCCGUUCCGCCAGCUUUGACUACGGCACCAGACAGAACUUCGUUCCUUUUUCGGGAACUGCAGAGUAUGACCCGUUGUCUUAUGAUGGAUUGGAUGCCGCUCCCACUCCCAGUGUUCCCGCAGGACCGAGGAAGCACCAUGCCCAACCGCAGGCAGAACAGCCCGCAACGGUGAAUCACCAGUCGUCGCGCACUCCCGUCGCCUCUCGGCGAAACAGCAUCAAAUCGUCCCGCACGAACCCCGUGAGAAAGCCUCGUCCUGAGAAUCUUGGCACAGGAACACUUCGGGGCCGGGAAAAGGACCUGGUGAAUCUCGACCAGUCGGACCUCGAACCUCCUCCCUCUAUACCGGCACUCGAUCCUCCCGCGCCAAGUCCCACGAUAUCCUAUAAUAAACCCGCCUUCGCGCCGCCCACUGACCCGACACCCACCAAGGAACGCCCCGGCUUCUUCCGACGUGUGUUUGGAUCGUCCAGGAAUGCAUCUGGAACAUCCGAACCUAACCCAGCGGAUCUGUCGUUCUCCCAGGAGAACAGUUCCAAAGACUCCAACGCACCCAAUGUGCCGAAAGCCCGAAGACAGCCUCUGAAGAAUAGCGGCGCCGGCGCCAAUUCGGGUCGUGAAGGGCCCCCUCAAGUGGUGAACAAGAAAUCUUCUUUCUUCCGCCGUCGGAAGAAGUCGAUCGUGGAAAAUGUUCCACCCCCCAUCCUACUUCCCCAAGAGCUUGGCCAGAAGGUCGCGGAUAUCACCAAACCGGAACCGAGUCCCGUCAGCAGUCUGAGGCGAGUCAUGGACACCUAUCUGGACCCCGCCCCUGGCACUGUUGGCCCUGCCAAGUCAGUCCCCAGUUGGAUCACCAAUGCAACGGAUGGAGAGAAGAAGACCUCUGGAACCCCGCAAAAAUCGAGGGAGAGUACGCUUUCUCCCAAUGGCGCAUCAAAGGCGAAAUACAGUCUAUACCCAGGCAUCUCGCCGAGCAAUGCCCAUGAGACAUCAUUCUUAGGGAACCUUAGUGGCGACGAAGAGUCAGUCCCUAAGUCCAGCGAUCACGAUCUCACAUCUGCCUCCGAGCAGUUUCAAGAUAUGUCUGCCAAGGACGGCCUUGGCUUGCGUGAUCACGAACUUCGCAGGCCAGAGACUCACACUGGGAGCCGUUCGCCCAGCCGUUUAGGUCCUUCAGACGACGUUGGUCCGGGGCUGUCUCCGGUGGUUGAGCGGUUCUCUCAGAACAGCCUGUCCCCUAUCGAAGGACCGGGGGAUGCAGUCGGGUUGGACGACAUGCCAGCCGAACCCCCUGGAUCAUCGGAAUCGGGCGCAGGCGAAGACAAGCCGGAGGGACCCAGCAAAUCAAAACCCGACGCCUCGCCCAAGCCUUCCAUCUCUGAAGCUUCGAACUAUAUUACUGCCUCCAACACUCCUGUGGCUCCCUCGGCAGGAACACCGACGAUUGAGGCUCCUGAAAACAGAGCCAAUGAGGCCAAUAGACCGCCGGGGAAUGAACCGUCUGAAGCCGACAGAGAACAGGCACAGAUGCUUUUUGACAGCCAAGACCAGGUCGUUGGAAAUGAACCGGCUGCGGCUUGGCUCGGAGACCCGGAUCGCGUUGCCAUCCGGAAGGCUUACAUGGAGUUGUUUGACUGGUCCGAUAUGAAUAUUUUGGCCUCGCUGCGUGGUCUUUGCAAUCGGCUAGUGCUGAAGGGAGAGACCCAGCAGGUUGAUCGAGUCCUGGACGCUUUCUCCACAAGAUGGUGCGAGUGCAACCCUUACCAUGGUUUCAAAGCAGCAGAUGUUGUACACACGAUUUGCUACUCUCUUCUAUUGUUGAACACGGACCUGCACCUUGCCGACAUCGAACAGAAGAUGACGAAGAAUCAGUUCGUUCGCAACACAAUGCCGACUAUCCACCGAGUAGCCAUUGAUGCAACCUCGGACGGAUCUGGAGUCUUGCCGACGGGACUGAAGGGAAAGUCUUCCACGCAAGAUUCAGUGUCCUCUCCUUCCGAUGAGACCGAACGCGGUGGUAUCAAUGCAGACCGACCCGUCAACACUCCUAAGCUCGUUAACCGAUUGUCCCGAACCGACCUUUCUGUGAAGCUGGCAGGUGAUCCCGAUAGUAUCACGGGGCCUUUGGUCAGCACACCGUUCAACGGCACGAUGAGGGCAUGGGAGCAGCAGGUGGAAACUGUUUUGCGGGAUUUCUAUUCCUCUAUUCAAAAGCAGAGGCUUCCAUUGCAUGGUGCACAACCGGAGAAGGAAGUUUCCCAGCCGCCGCCGAACAACCUCUUGGGUCCUAAUUCCAACGCGUUGCGGAGGAGCCCGAGCACUGUAAGUAAGAGUGGCUCUGAUAUCUACCCCCGUGGCCGCUCCGCGGAUUCUCGGUAUGGAGCGGCCCGUUGGUCCUCGAAGCCUCGUUCUCGGGCCCGGUUAUACCCUCCUUCGACCAUGGGCUCCAGUCGCACCAGCCUAGAUGAUCAAUCCUCCCUCUGGAGCCCGUCCGGCUCAAGCACGUGGAGUAAAUACUCACUUGGGAAACUUACAUCUGCCUCGGUGGACUCCUUUGGAUCAGAGUAUAUGCGAGGCGAUUACCAACAAUCGAUUGGAUUCGCAAAUGCGUUGAGUCAAGCGAUUAUUCGCGAGGAUGCCGCGCACUCCAUCGCCAGCACUGAGGAUCCCGAGCGCACCCUGCCCCUCCUGGAAGACGAAACUCUUCAACUGGCGGGUGCGCCGUGGGCCAAGGAGGGAAGCCUGAAGCAUAAGCACCAUCUGGACUCCGUCGACAAGAGAGCAAAGGAUCGCAACUGGAAUGAGUGUUUUGCAGUGAUCCAGCAAGGUUGGUUGCGUCUCUUCUCGUUCAACUCCGCGAAAUCGACGAUCCGACAGAAGAACAAGCGACACCAUGGUGGAGUCGUGGUCGGCGGCGGAAACUGGACGGAGAACGCCGAAGAGAUCUGGAAAUUCCUUCUGCGCCAAACCAUUGCCAGUGCACUUCCCCCUCCGGGAUACUCCAAGUCCCGGCCGCAUGUGUGGGCGUUGAGCUUGCCCACCGGUGCCGUGCACCUUUUCCAGGCUGGAACUCCUGAUAUUGUGCGCGAAUUUGUCUCCAGUGCCAAUUACUGGAGUGCGAGACUCUCCAAGGAACCGCUCAUUGGAGGUAUUAGCAAUAUUGAAUAUGGAUGGAGUGAUGCGGUCAUCAACAAUGCGUUGGUCGGGACGGAUACCAGCCGCUCGCCACCCUCUGCUUCGGGUGCGCGACCCAGCCUCCAGAGCUCGAUCCGGAGUUCUAUUGACCAGCAGGGAGGCGUUCGACCGAAGCUCCCGGCCGAUCGGGUCCAUAUCAGCGAUUGGGCGCCACCCCAGCAGAGUAUGAUGGCCUCGAAUCUGUCGGAGGCCGAACAAUUGAAGGCGUUGCAGAUGUACGUGAAAAACGUGGAGGAUGAGCUCUCGCGACAUAACGAACUCCGUCCAGCCAUGAUGUUGGCAUACUCUCCACGACACCCCAAUGCGACCAAAGCGAUGACCAACUGGGAGCGAAAGUCGUCGUACCUCCUGCGGGAAAUCGUGAAAUUCCGCACGUAUAUUGAUUCCCUGCAGGCGGCGUUGGAAGCGAAGAAGAAGAUUUAUGCCGCGCGUGAGGAAGAUACUCCGGCUGAAUGA